AUGAUCCAGUCGAACAGCCCUUUCUCUGCACUGCUUCCACCUGAGCUCUUAGCCGCCGUGGCCGCCGUGUGUACUCGUCUCUGGGUGGUGGCCACCGGAGUAAAGAACAAGUUCAAAGAAGCCAUCUCAAGUAGGUUUUUUCUUUUCCUUCCCCCAAAGUUUAGUUUAGAGGAGGGAAAGCAAAGUGGGUGGGGGAUAAUAUAUGAGAACAAUUCGAUGGAGGUGAAGAUUUGUGAGGGGAAUUUCAAUUUUCUUGGACGUGUUUGUAGCACGAGCUCUCCACAAGUGUCUUAUCCUCAAUCAUUUCUUCUCUUUUUAUUUGUUGUUAUUUCAUAG